AUCGAUUAUUUCGAUGGAGCCAUCGCAUUUAAAAGAAGUGGCUGAAACUUGAUUGAACGCUAUUUAUUCGCGAAAAGCCAAGAACGAAGAAAAAAGUAUUGAUUAAUGUCGAAGAGGUUAUUCAAAAAAUAAAUACAUUGCUGCUGCCUUAACGUUGGCGUCUUUGACCAAUAUUAUCUGCCUGCACUCUUCGAAGCUCGUUGAUCAACAUUAUCUUAACUGACCGCAUUCUUCGAAACUAACAAGCCCAAGCCUAAGACCGCCAUUAAGGAAAUAGAAGUAUUGAUCAUUCUGACGGAAUCCUGAGUGGGCGCCGCCAAUAAUAAAAAAGAAGAAGCUUUGCUUAUUUGAGGCUGAGGCAUUUUGCAAUUUUGUCUAAAAACCCAAGAAAGUACAUAAAAUACUACAUAAAUCAAAUCUAAAGAAACAACGACGAAUAAUGGUUACAUGGUAUUUAAUGUCAAAAUUAUCUAAAAAAAAUAAAACGUUGGAUUUUCUUAAUCAUUACACUAAUUUAUUGAAGACCGAUCCAGUUGUAUGUCAUAAAACAAAAAGUUUGUGCCGCGUUUGUUUGCAAGAAGGUAAAAUAACAAUAUUCGGUAAUGAACAUGUAGAUAUACUUGAAACUUUAUAUACAUUUGGAGAUAUUCAAAUAAGUAAAGAUGAUGACCAUCCGGAACAUUUGUGCGAGGUUUGUUAUAAUUUCGUGAAACUUGCCAUUCAAUUUAGAAAAACUGCUAAACGGUCCGAUGAAUUACUUAUGAAGUCAUUAAAAGAAGAAAAGGAAACAGUGGAUAAUUUUGUUCAGUCUCAAGAUCAUGACUACGAUGGCGGAAUUGACGACGACCCAUUAGACUGGCAAGCAGAGUUUGGCAAUAUAAGAGAAGAGAAAAAAGAAAAAGUAAAAUAUUCCCAAAAAGUCACAUGCAAUAUUUGUAAAAAAAUUAUCAACCGCUCAUAUUUAAAGGAACACAUAACGCUACAUGAUCCAAACCAUCAAAAGUAUGUUUGUGAAGUGUGCGGAAAAUCAUUUAGACUUCGAUGUGCUUACUACAAUCACAGUUUAAGGCACAGAAAAGAUUUUCCAUUCAAAUGUCAAUUCUGUUCAUAUCGUGGAAGAUACUCAGAAUUGCUGAAAAAUCAUAUGCGUACACAUACAGGAGAUUAUAGAUACAUGUGUACAGAAUGUCCAGCCAGAUUUCUCUUCAAAAGUAAUUUAAAUAGUCAUAUGCUUAAGCAUAAGGAACCACAAUUCAAAUGUGAUGCUUGUAAACGAGCAUUUCAUACCAAAUUAAAAUUGCAACGUCACUUUGAAGCAGACCAUUUAGGAAUAAGAAAUCACAUAUGUUCAUUAUGUGGGAAGGCAUUCGGUUACAGAAAUGCUAUGUUAAAGCAUCAGCGUCAUGUUCACAAAAGGGAGAAAUCCAUGUUUGGAAGAAUGCCUUCCUAUUUGGAAGCUGAAAAUAGGAAUCAACAGACUUUGUAAAUUAACACCUAAAAUAAACAAAAUACCAUCUAAAUAUUGUUUAUUAAGUUUUUAAUUUAAUUUAGUGUAGUAUGUAUGUACACCACAACAUAAA